CAAUUCCCAGCAGCGCCGGGCCUGGGGCGUGGCGAGCUAGGAGGGACCAUAAAGAUCAUUCUAGUCCAACCCCGCGCUUUCCCCAGACGGAAGCCUGGGUUCCGAGGUGUCGGUGUCCCAGGGGCCUCAGGCGUCGACGAGUCGGGGAGUCCCAGGCGCGAUUUCCUGAACGAGGGGUCGCCGGAAGUGCGAGAUGCAAGUGGGGAAGCCCAUCCUCUAUUCCUAUUUCCGAAGCUCGUGCUCCUGGAGAGUUCGAAUCGCUCUGGCCUUGAAGAGCAUCGACUAUGAAACAGUGCCCAUCAACCUCAUAAAGGAUGGGGGCCAGCAGUUCUCCAAAGAAUUCCAGGCACUUAACCCCAUGAAGCAGGUGCCAGCCCUGAAGAUCGAUGGCAUCACCAUUGGCCAGUCGCUGGCCAUCAUCGAGUACCUGGAGGAGACUCGGCCCACUCCGCGGCUCCUGCCUCAGGACCCAAAGAAGAGGGUCCUUGUGCGCAUGAUUUCCGACCUCAUCGCUGGCGGCAUCCAGCCCCUGCAGAACCUGUCUAUCCUGAAGCAAGUAGGACAGGAGAACCAGCUGGCCUGGGCCCAGAAGGCCAUCAGUUCUGGCUUUAACGCCUUGGAGCAGAUCCUGCAGAGCACAGCGGGGAAAUACUGCGUGGGAGACGAGGUGUCCAUGGCUGACCUCUGCUUAGUGCCUCAGGUGGCAAAUGCUGAAAGGUACAAGGUGGAUCUCACUCCCUACCCUACCAUCACCCGUAUCAACAAGGCACUGCUGGCCCUGGAGGCCUUCCAAGUGUCUCACCCCUGCCGGCAGCCAGACACGCCCCCGGAGCUGAGGGCCUAGCUCUCAAACCAUGCCCACUGGUGCAGGAGCAGAAGCUGGGCGGGCUGAACAGGCCUGAAAAUGAGCAAGCCCUAACUGGAGAAGCAGAAGACUUGCACUCCUGGCCCUUGAACUUAAACUGUAGCUGUGGAUCUGCCUUAACACUGAACCUCAUUCUGCCUUCAUCCCCUCAUCUGUCAAAUGCAGUCAGGAUGGGGUGGGAGGAUGCUGGGAGGGAGGGAAGUAGGGAGGGAGGGAGGAACAUUACCUGCUCCCUAAGUCACGGUGCAGUCAUUAAGGUGAAGUGAGAAUGCAGACUGAACUGCCUGGUAAGUUUACCGGAGAGCCAUAGGAAGUCUGUGUGCCACCUCCCAAACCCUCUACUGUACCUGACUCCAAAGAAUGCCCACCCUGCAAUUUGAUCAUUAAACUGAAGCCCAGGGCUCCUGGUUGUUCAUUAA